CAACAAGUGAGAGUGUCAUUAUUUAUUGAUUUCAGUUAAUAUUUUAUUAUAAAAAAAAAUAAUAAAAAUACAUAUGUAUGUAAAAUAUAAUAAUAAAAAAAACUAAAUAAAAUAAUAAUUAAAUUGCACUUGUUUAUGAAAAACUAGUUUUUGCUGCUGCAAAAUUUAAAAUUUUAUAAAACAAAAUUUAAAAGAAAAAAAGUUUAAAAAAAUAUUUACAAAAAAUUCAUUUAACAAGAAAAUAAAUCAAAGAAUUUUAUUUUAUCUGUCGCUAAAAAUUUGAAAGUUGGUUAUAAGUGGUUUUUCUCAUAGAACUCUAACUAGCUUACAAGCACUUAAACGCAACAAAAAAAUGUUAAUUAAAUUAAUUUUAAAGUUAAUUUAUGUUACACUAUCAUUGUUAAGCCUUUGUCAUGGCUUUAAUACCGAAUCAACAGAAGCGACCAGCGAAUUGUAUGAUAAUUUUACCAGUACGGAAUCCUCUACAUCACCGCUGCCCAAACAGUUGUAUCAAAAUAAACGUCGUUUAUUGUUGAGUGCCAUCGUUAUAGUUCUUGGCGUGAUUGGCAAUUUUUUGGCUUUGGUGAUUUUGGCGCGCAAAAAGGCCACCAAACAUAGUAAAUAUACGUUUAUGUUGCGUUGUUUAUCCACAAAUAAUUUUAUCGGUUUAUUGGGCAUGUUAACCACUCUUCUGUUGAAAAUCUAUGUUCCACGUGAAAUCUUUGAACAAUACACCCAAUGGGAUUGUGUGGGAAAAGUCAUUUGGAGAUUUUUCGGCUUAAGUUCCGGUUGCAUAGCAGCUGUAAUGGCCAUAGAACGUUGGAUGGCUUUGGCAAGACCAUUUAUAUAUCACAAACACAUUACAUAUGAAUUGGUGCGUAAAACUAUUAAAUCCUUAAUAUUAAUAGCUGUGGUCAUUACGUUUUUGCCAUUCUUUGGCUUUGGCGCUUAUAUGGAUGAUAGUGAACCAAAUAAAGUGAAAUGUUUGCGUUAUCGUGAUGCUGAGGGUUUUUGGAAUAAAACCUAUUCAGUAUUGUUUAUGUUAUUUGGCACUUUAUUGUGUGUGGUUAUAGUCGCCUGCAACUUAUUUGUUACACGCGUUCUAUGCUUCAUUGGACGUACACGUACCACUCAACGUCACAUGACUUACGACAUGGUAAAUCGUUGUGAAAAGGGUUCGAUUGCACAAAUUGAUGGUGAGAGCUCUAGCGGCACGACACUGUAUCAGCAUCAACAAAGCAGUACGACACACAUACCCCAGUAUCAUCACACUAACAGCGUGACUUUGACAGCAGCCGCAUCGCCCGAUGAAAUUAAAUUCGCCAAAUUAAUGUUGUUCUUGAGCAUUUCAUUUGUUAUCUGCUGGAUGCCACAAAUGAUCGCCAUACCCAUGGCCAUAGUACCGAAUCGUGUUCCCAAAGCUCAUCCUUUCUUUUUGGUAGCCGAUAUGUUGAUGGCAUUACAUUUUACAUCGGACCCUUAUGUCUAUGUCUUGAGUCGCACGAAACACUCUUACAUCUUGGGUUGUCUCAAGCGCUGGCGUACUGGUUUAAAACGUUCACAAAGUGAUCAAAGCCGUUUACGCACCACCAUCGAACAGCAUACUUUAGAUUGCGGUCUCAAUUAAACGUGUAUUGCUUUUAUGAUUUUGAUCAUCAGCUCAUCGGAUAUUGCUGCUAAACUCAUUUAAUUUUAUGUUUCUGUUUUUCUUUUCUUGAUUACAUGCUUCCUUAGUGACGUAAAGACAUUAUCAUUUAUAAGGCACAGUGGAUAUACAUACAUAACUUAAAUCUAAAAUUUCAUAAAUUUACCGAACAAAAUAUAUGUUGAUCUCAUUGAAAACUAAUCCGAACUAAAAUUUUUAAGCUCAAAAUAUUUGUAGUUUGAGUUUGAACCAUAGAGAAACAUAGAGCGGAAACUAGGAUAAAACUCAAACAAAAAAAUUACUCAAAAUAAUCACACAUACGAGUGUUGUUUUUGUUUUCACAUAGUUUUUUCUACUAAUACAUUCUCACCACUUAGGUUUCUGACAACUGAAUUAGGUCUUUGACUGGAGAGUUUCCGCUCUAUGUCUGUUCUCUACGGUUUGAACUUAAUUUUUUUUAAUACAUUUUUUAUUGAAAACAAAUAUUGCUGCGUUUACAUCAAAAAUUACUCUUAUAUCGAAAUUAUUAACGUCCUUGAAUAGUGAUUUAUAGAAUUUGAACCAAAAUUUUUUUAAAUAUAUUUUUUUGCUACCACUGUGCACCAGACAGCAUCCAUUUAUUACCCUUUUUGUACUUAAUAUCGAUUGAUUGUAUCAGCUAGUAGUUGGUUAUUAACCUAAUUACUUUGUUUUUUUUACUAUCCCAAUGAUUAACUUUAAGUCUAAAACAUAAAUAAAUGUCAACAAGUAUUUUGUAGUACAUCCAAAAGUAAAUUACAUUCUACUUUGUAACUACAUAAUUAUUUUUUUUACUAUUAUUGUUGUAAAUAAUAAAUUUUUUAAUAUUAAGUUUUAAUUAAAUUUAGUUUAAAAUAAAAGUGAACCAAUAACUUGAUGUGUAUGAGUAAUUCCAUAAUAAUUAAGCACAGAAAUGAUUAAAUGUAUUUAACCAGAAUUGAUAGAUCGGCUGAUUUAGCAGUGAAUCGUUUUCUAAACUUGCAUUAAAGCGUAAAUAUUUUUAGUUUGAAAUACAUGUAUGACAAUCACUGCUGAAUUUACUGAUUUAUCACGAAUACUAAAAUUAUUUAUGUCUAUUGCAAAAUGUAAUAUGUAUGUAAUAAUUGUUUAAAUUAGAUUUUUAAGUAUUUUAAUUUUGAAUGUCAAAGGCUGGUAUCACUUGUUUGAAAGUGCAAAAUAAAAAUUUAAAGCGUACGAACGAAUCGUUAGACGAGAAGUUGAUUAAUUUAUGUUUUACGUAGCAUAAGUAUGUGUUUUAUUAAUAAACCAAAUAAUUGAAAUAAAUCAAAAAUAAAUGUA